AUGGGGAACUCGAAGACUUGCUAUCUGAAGGCCAGUCCCAGUCCCAGUGCCAGUCCCAAGCUGGAUGGGGGCUCCAGGGAGGUUAAGUCAAAGUGUGAGUCUAAGGUUCAUGAGGCGGCUGCUAGGGACACAGGGGCAGUAGAAACAGUGCCUGCUACCCCGAAGUCUGAGUCAACUUCCGGAGCCCUCAAGCGCCACCACCUGAAGAACAUCAGCGCCCCAGUGACGCCCCAAGCUGGAGCCAGCUUUCCUAGGGAUGGGCACCUGGUUCCCCACCCCUGCUGCUUUCCCCCUUGCGGCCGGAUGUUUUUCCCUCUUUACUACCUGAGCAGCAAGCACGAAAUAAUUACAACGGACCACUUUCUGCGUGACCCUGAACUGAAGAUUGUCUACAGAUUUGUCUGUACUCUUUUCAGAGCUGAACACCUCACCGCUGAAUGUGCGAUUGUGACCUUGAUUUACCUGGAAAGGGUCAUGCGUUAUGCAACUAUUGACUUGUGUCCCACUAAUUGGAAAAGAAUGCUUUUGGGAGCUGCUACUGUUGCCUAUGAGUUGUGGGACAAACAGGCUCUGUGGGAUGUGCCCUACUGCCAGCUCAUCAACAACAUCAUUACAGUCGAGGACAUGAAUGAGAUAGAAAUGCAGUUUUUAAAUUACAUCCAGUUUGAUACUGAUAUUCCUGCCAGUCUCUUUGCCAAAUAUUACUUUGACCUUCGAUAUGUAAGCCAUAGAAACAACCUGCUUGUUUUAUUUUAACAUCUUUGCAAAGAAAGAGCACAGAACCCAGAGGCUAUUUCCAGAGGCGGUCAAGAAAAAGACCUGUGCAAAGCUGCUAUAGAAAGAUCUCUUAGUGCCCUGACCAGUUUGGCUCAUAUUCUCUCAUACUUGGACAGCCAGACAGUCCAUUCUGAGUCCCCGUCCUCACCUUCACAGGUCACCGUGUGCCUGCGGAAGAAGGAGGAAGAUUUUGAGAUUCAGCAAUGA